CCCGAGAUUUUCAAACAUGGCGGAAUAAGCAGCAGCUGGCAGCGGCGAAGAACAUGGAAUACGCUUUCGAAAUUAUAUCAUAAAACGAGCUCAGAUCACGGGAAAUUGAAGCGAAGACACCACAAUAACACAGGCCUACCGAAAAUUGGGAAAGUAAUCAUUAUUCGCAAUGAAGGAGCCGGACCCCGGCGGAAUGAAGUAGCAUUAGCCGGUCGCUCGUUCAUUUCAGCAGUGGGUUUUCGCUGCACUGUUUAAUACACACGGAGUAUAAUACAGAGUAUAAAGAAAGUGCUAUGCCAAGGCAGAGCAGUGAGUGAGUAGUAUAGAGCACCUGAUAUUUUCAGUAGAAAUCCCUGUUUUGGAUGAUCAAGAUGUUGUUGGGGAGAGUACGCCACAGCGGUCGAGCUAUGAGGCCGCGGAGUGAGUGAAGUCCACAAGUUUGCUGAUGCCAGUGUGCGCAGCCCGCCUGUCUUGCUGCCGGCCGCAAGGUAUCGUGAAAAUGACACUAUGAUAUUACUGUGCGGGUAUGGCCGGCCACUUAUGUCAUUGCAGCGGCACUUUUUUCCGGUCAGGGAUUAUCAUAAUAACCUUGGGCUUCUUCAGCAGCGAUGGCGACGACGGCGGCGACCGCUCGGUCUCAGUUCGACGACCCCUCUCCCCCUUCCUCUUCUCUACAUCUUCCUGCUGAUGACGACCUGCCUGGGGAUAUCGGGGCAGCCGGCGUCCACUGACGGCGACGACGACGGUGAGAUAUUUAUAGAAUCAGAAUCCUCGGAUCCUUCUCUUCCUCCCUCCUCGCGUGACUCUCCAGCGUCGUGCCCGGCGGGGGAACUCCGCUUGGCGACCCCCUGGAUUCUACGAGAUGUAUUCCUUGUGAACUUGACUCAGUACGAGUACCAGGAGCGACAGUGCCUUGCUUCUCAGAGCGCUCAAGAACUCUAUUGUGAUUCCCCCACUUGCCCCCAGCGCAGGAAGAAGCUCAUCAAGAUGUACCUCAAAUUUUGUAAUGCAUAUCCAGUCUACCCUAUCCUAAAGCACAAUUGUUCCUAUACUGACAAUUGUUCUGAGGACAAGAAAACAUCACCAAAUGCUGACGGUUUAAGUAAUAAUAAUAAUAAUGAUGAUAAUGAUGAUGAGUAUAAUAAUAAUAAUUUUAAAAAUGCGACGACGGUCUGCAAAGAGUGUAUACGCAGCAUAGAGGAUUUAGACAGAACCGUGCAAACUGUGUACGAACGCUUCGAGUUGGACGUGAUGUCGAAGUUUGAUUGCGAGGGGAAACGGCAUCACCAAGGGGAUAAAAACCACACGUACUCUGUUAAUUGGAACUGUGAUCAUUGCAAGCAAGCCUACAAAGCCUGGUUGUGUUCCAUGUAUAUCCCAUACUACCAAUAUGGCCGCCUUCUCAACCCCUGUACAAGUCUGUGUAAAGCCGUGGAGGAGAGGUGUCCAUACUUCCUACCUGUUAGUAAAAACCAAUAUGCAGGGGAGCCAGCAUUUUUAUGUACAGUGAACUCUAUAGAGCAGCCGCCUGACAUCUACACCUCCUGCCGGGACGGCUGUUACCAGCUCUGUGAGGAUAACCACAACAUCUGCCCGCCGGCCAACAUCACCGCCAUCACGGAGCAGGAGAUUAAGAGGUGUUCUGGAGGGGCAGCCUCAUCCACACAAACUUCUUCCUUGCUCCUCCUUCUCCUCCUCCUCUUCGUCAGCAGCACUGUUACCUGUUGGAUUAGUUCACAUUCAUUACAAGAACAUCUACUACUACUAUUAGGCGUAUUUAAUUCAGCCCUGGGUCUCACAUAGUACGACGGAGCUGGUAAAAGCAUUGGGUUGCAAGUUUGUGUUCAUGUCCAACGAUGUACAUGACAUUUCAGGAGGAGCAGACCACAUGGAUAUCAUGUGACUGUCACAUGGCUCAUUGGGAAAGAAGUAGAUCACAUGAUUGUUGACUGAUCAUCACAUGGCUGUCAUGUGACAUUUUACACAAAGUGGUUCAUUAGGUGUUAAAGACUAAACCCCAAUCUGAGAAAGCCUGGAAAAAGCAUGCCUCGGAGUAACCGAUUAGAGGGAUUACAAUCUCCCAGAUGCAGUCACAUGACUGUCACAUGAUUGUGUCAUGGUUAAUGGUCAUGUGAUUGCAAGUCAUCACAUGGGGUUGCCAAAAUAGAGAGAAACAUGUGAUUUAUAAUGUGGAAUACACAUCUUUUGGUCACAGAAUUUUUUAAAAAUAACUUUGCCAAUCAGGCUGAAGUAUGGAAGACUGAAGCAGAAAUGGUGGUGUACCAUUGGCUGAAUAUUCUUAUGGUGCUGAUCUCUCAUUGGUUGUUUCAUUGUACGUUAAGUGCCAGGAUGACAAUAAGGAUGUCUUCUCCUUUUACAAAAGGUGCCAAAACUGUGAUUUGUGCACCCAGGGUGGUGGGUAUGAAAGAUAACUGGACAUCUGCUCCAAACAAGAUGGCUGCAGGUGACACACCGACAGGUUGACAAGUGCAGACAGCUGCUGGUCAGAGGUCAAGUGCACUUUGUUGUUUCAGUUACGCAAUUGCAAGUUACGGUAAUUGCUCACAAAUUUCAAACAGCUUGAUUAUUAUUUGUCUUAAUUAUUUUAUUUUGUAAAGCAAAAAUAACAUUGCGGAAUGAGGCCAGUGCUGUUUCUAGAACAUCUUAUGUGCCAUUUUUUAGCAAAACAUUUUUCAGCAAAAUGUUUUUAGAAAUAAGAUAUGGAUUUGUUCGAAUUAAGUGAGUAAUUACCGUAAACACAAAGGGCCAUAUCCCACCUCACAAAAAUAUGGCUGCUCUAGCUCUCCAUAUGGGAAUAGUUGUGACUAGGUGUCCUUUUUUUGAUCUGACAAGUGAGAAUUUUACUCUGGACACACUAGUUAUAAGAUCUUACUGGGAUGAACAGUAUAAAAAAAUUGUCAAAAGGAAAAAUUGAAAAAAGUCUGAUCAAUGAAUAUUUGCCAAUGUGUUAUGACACAGCUCUGAAAAAAGUAA